AUGUCUGACUCCUCAUCAGAUGACAGCAGAUCACCAACUCCUGAGAAGAAAGUGAAGAAGCCAAAGGAAGAAAAGAAAGUUGAGAAGAAGGAGAACAAAGUGGAGAAAAAGGAAGAAGCUGUGAAAGAGAAAAACGACAAGAAGGAGAAGGAGAAAAAGAAAGAAAAGAAGCAGGAGAAACGCAAGGUUCAAAGUGAUUCAUCAUCUGAUGAGGGGGUGAUUGAUAAAACUCCUAUCAAAAAAUCGAAAGGUGGUGGAAAUCGAGUAAAGAAUGCUGACGGCGAGGAGAUGAUUGAGAUAGGCAGCAUGCGUUACGUUAACGUAAGAAACUUCCGUGGAAAAUCUCUUAUCGAUGUACGUGAAUACUAUAUGGAUAAGGUUGGUUGGGUUCUUUCUCGAUUUUCAUGCUUCCUAACUUACAAACUGUGCAUUCUAUACAUAGAUACAGCCCUAAACCUAUAA